AUGCCUAGUAUGGUAAAUCCGCCUUAUCUUGAAGAGGCAAUAGCCCUAAAUUGCAAGAACUUUAGUGAACUCAAGGUCAUGGGUCCUUUUGAUGUUCUCUUUGCUUCCACGGUAGUCAAAUUUCUUGCAAAUUUGAAGGUUUUGAGCUUGAGAUGCUUAGUGAUAGUGAAGGAUGCCCUAUUUCUUAUAUUGGAUAACCUGCCAAAUCUGGAAGUCCUCAACAUAUCACAUAGUCUUUUUAUAGAAGGUUCACUUCUUCCUCUACUGAUGCUCGAAAAAAUCAUUAAGAAGCUCGAUAAAAUUAUCUUAGAGAAGGCUGCUCGAUUACAUGAGUUCUUAACAUGUACUGAGCACUCAUGCAUCAUGUGCCAUUGUACUCGAAGUGAUGAAGGCUUUAUGAGGUGGUACAAGUAUGAGGAAGGUUUCUUAGAAAUCAGAGAACAUUGGCUUGUUUCAGAAGAUGCGAUCUCGGAUUUGAAAAAAGAAAAUGAACAUGUGAUUUUCAAGGUUCGCAAAUUGGAAGAACAGUUGAAAAUAUCAAAGGAGGUGUUUGAUAAGGUCAAAACCGAAUUGAAACACUGUCAAGAAUCAUUUAGAAAUGUUGAACAGCAUUUUGCAAAUGAGCGGUAG